CUGCUACACGCUCCCGGAAGUUCUGCCUCGCGCCCCGGAAGCAAUUCCUCAGGCCGCGGGCGUGCUCCGCCUCGCGUUUGGUGUGAGACGUAGAACUGAGCGACCGAAGCCACGAACGAGAUGCCGGUGGCCGUGGGGCCCUACGGACAGUCCCAGCCGAGCUGCUUCGACCGCGUGAAGAUGGGCUUUGUGAUGGGCUGCGCAGUGGGCAUGGCGGCUGGGGCGCUCUUCGGCACCUUUUCCUGUCUCAGGAUUGGAAUGCGGGGCCGGGAGCUGAUGGGCGGCAUCGGGAAAACCAUGAUGCAGAGUGGAGGCACCUUUGGCACAUUCAUGGCCAUUGGGAUGGGCAUCCGAUGUUAAUCAGGGCAAUGGUUGUCCACUACAGCUACUCCUUCCCAUCAGUGCCAGCUCAUGUACUAUAAUAAAAGAAAUCUUUGAGUAGUGA